AUGGACUUCGCAAAGGAAACUUAUCUUACACCACCGGAGGCAAUACGUCCAGAUCUCCAUGCAGACGGGACAAGGAGGGGAUUGGUUAGAAUUUGGCUCGGGACAUUCGAGACAGCACAGGACGCGGCUCAGGCCUACGACGAAGCAGCGAGGCUUAUGUGUGGACCGAGGGCUAGAACCAACUUCCCUUACAACCCUAAUUCACCUCAAUCAUCGUCAUCCAAGCUUCUCUCUGCAACUUUGAGAGCUGAACUACACAAAUGCUACAUGGCUUCACAUCAAUUGAUCAAACAACCAACUGUGCAUGAACCGCAAAAGAAGGCAAUUACUCCACAUUUUAUCGACAACAAUGGCGUUGCAGGGAGAGACAGUGGAAUGGCUGUUCAAGUUCGACUGCCGGAGAAGAGAGCAUUACCAGUUCAAGAGACAGAAGCCAAUUGGACUGUCAAGAAAUCUCAAGUUGAAACCACCCAACAGUUCAACUUCAAACCACUUGAAGAGGAUCAAAUUGAACAAAUGAUUGAGGAACUACUUCACUAUGGAUCCAUUGAACUAUGCAAUGUCUAUCCAUAG